CCACCAUGAACCAUAAGGUCCCGAUACGAGUUGACGGUAGAUUCAGACUCGGAGAUGUUUUGGGAUCUGGUUCAUACGCUGUUGUGUACCAUGCUUGGAACAUCAUCAAAGAUGAUGCAGUUGCCAUCAAACUCGAAUCCAUCACAGCCCAGCCAUCUUCUGUACAGCAUGAAUACACCAUUCUGAAACAACUUGAAGGUGGAGUUGGGAUACCCCGCGCUCUCUGCCUUCAUACUGUUGUCAAUCUAGGAAUCCAACUGCUCUCACGUCUUGAGUACAUCCACUCGAACAAUUAUAAUGUCUUGGUGGGCCUUGGCCAUUUGAAGCACACUGCAUUUAUAAUCAAUUUCGGUAUCGCGAAGGAAUACUGGGACACUGCAACCAGAGUCCAUAUUCCCUUUCGUCAAAAUCAAUGUCUCACUGGCACUCCUGCCUUCGCUUCAAUCAACAACCACUUAGGAGUUGACCUGGGUCGUCGUGACGACCUUGAAUCGCUUACAUACAUGUUGAUCUAUCUGUUACGCGGCUCCCUUCCAUGGUUAAAUAGUGACCAUGAGAAACUCUCCAGCUCUUCCAUACUCAAGCGCAAGGUCAACACCACCAUUGAAGUCUUAUGUGAUGGAAUUCCCGUCGAAUUCGCAAGUGUUCUCAUCUACAUGUGCUCUCUUGUGUUCUUGGAAGACCCUGACUAUGGGCAUCUUCAUUCAUUGCUUUGUGAUCUACUCGUGUGUGAGUAUUCUGUCUCAUUUUUCCAUUCACAAUCUGAAGCUAAUGUGAUUUUGAAGUUUACACCAAUGUAA